UUGAGCUAUUAUUAAAUUCGCAUCAAUAACACUAUAGGCUUGAUUGGUCGUUGUAAACGACCGUUAAUCGAAAAAAGAAAGAUUCGUCAGAAUUGAUACAAGAUAUUUAUUCGUGUUUGUACUUUUAAGACUGGCAAUAGAGACGGAGAGGAUCACAAAAAAAAAUAAAACGUUUCUUCAAACAGGAAAGGCCGGAGACGGGUGCGCGACGUCUAAUGGACGAGAUACGGAAAAUAGAGCGUUCAGUUUGGCAGAGGAUUUAAAAUUGACUCUUGAGAAUGAAGAAGUUGGAUUGCGGAGGAAAAUUUUAAACAUAAUGCAACCGGAGACCCGCUUAUUCCUACAGAAUUGGAUUAAUGAAGAGAAAAAGGUCGGUAUUAUCCGGGACGGUGAACCGCCGCUUGCUUGCAUAUUUUAUGUUGUGCACGUUUAUAUUUGUCGUCCGUCGCAUGUUUGCCCAUUAUCUCUAUCUCGCGUUCGUUUUUUGUUUUCCGUUCUCUUGUCGUCGUCGUCGUCGUUGCCUGGUGGCGCCAUCUGGAAGAAGUUUGUCAGGUAGAUGGUGUCCCUAUCGCCUUCUACCGAGCUUCUUUUUUCCUUCUGUAUCUCCUUGGCUCCUCCCCCUCCUCUCGCUAUCUCUCGCUCUCGCUCUGUUUGUUUCUCUCUCUCUCUCUCCUACUCUUUCUUCCCCAUGUAUCUUCGUUCUACCCUCCAAUAGAAGAGAGAGAGAGGGAAGGAAGAACAACGUUUACUCAAAUGGAUAAACGACGGCCAAAUUCGUUACCGCGACUCAAUUCUUUACAACAGAUAACUGCUGAACGAAUCAGACGAGCAGAGCGUGACAAACAGGCCCUGAUGUUUCAAGUGGCCAUGUUGAACGACCAACUGGAUAGUCAGGCGGUCAGAUUGCGCGAUGUUCAACUUUGCGCCGACGAACGGCAAACGCAACUGGCCAGGGCGCAGCAUUUCCUGCAGAAAGAAUUGCUUAGUCGGACAGCCGCCGAAACUCAUAAGUUAGAUUUGAUGGCUGAGAUUUCUAAUUUGAAACUGAAAUUGGCAACUUCCGAAAAAGAAAGGCGAGAAUUGAAUGAACAAUUAAAAUUUGUUCAAUCCAGUUCGGAGGAGACUAGAGCAAAAUUGACGCAACGCCUAAGGGAGGUUGCAGAAUUGAAAGCACGUUUGGCGGCCUACGACGCCAGUUCUCUUUUAAGUCCGCAUUCUUCUCCAGAUAUGUCUCAAACUAAUCGUACAUUGGAUAGAGAAAGGACUUUGGAGAGAUUGAAACGAAAACAUGCAGAAGUUGAUCGAUUACGUCGGUCUGUCGAACAGUUAUUACAAUCAAACGCUGCUAAAGACAGAGAACUUGAAGAUUUAAGGAGGGCUUUCAGAUCUAGAAGGCUACCUGCAGAAAAUGCAAAUAAUGCCCGUCUUCCCCCUCCCGGUGCUACGAGUACUCCUGUGCAACCCCUUGCGUCGACAAAAUUGACGACGUUACGGAAUGGAUCUACCCAACCUCCCGCGGUUUUAACUGAAUCUGGGAUACUCAGUCCUCCCUCAACAAUCGUUUGCGUUUCGCCGUCCUCUUCCUGCAAUACCGUCACAAAAUCUUCCUCUUUUGAACAAUUAACACCUGACAUCGAGAGUCCUACGCCACCACGUAGAGAUUACGCCCGAGCUGAUACGGAUGAUGAAGCUUUAAAGGAUGAAUUGGCCGCCGAAUAUCGCCUUAUUCAACAACGUCAAGAGAGACAGUUUAAUGGAGGUGGAAGUAACGGUCUUGACAGUAAUUCGCAUGAGCGAAAGAAGAAAAAGACAAUUAAAAAAAUAUUUCAAAGGCUUCGGCGUAGUAGCUCUCAAGAUCUUGAUUUAGAGACAACCGAUGAAUUUAAGAGGAAUGCUUUAAGAGCGACGGCCGGCCCUCGGUUAGGUUGGUCGAGGGACGACGAUUUGGCUUUCGAACUAUGGGAUUCGGAUCGUUUAGCCGCCUGGCUUCAUUCUUUGGGUUUAAGUCAGUAUGUAAUUACGUGUAAGAGAUUUGGCAGAACCGGUGAAUGGCUUAAGAAUGCAACGCCUCAUGAUUUGGAAAAAGAGUUGGGUAUGAAGCAUCCGCUGCACAGGAAGAAACUUUUAUUAGCCGCCGUUGCCGCUUCUAGCCCGAAAGGCGCUGAACCGCCCUCUAUUGCCAGAUUCGAUCAUCACUGCGUUUCGCGAUGGUUGGACGAUAUUGGACUACCUCAAUAUAAGGAAGCAUUCAGCGAAGCCCGUAUCGAUGGUAGAGUGCUACAUCAAAUGACUGUUGAUGAUCUCAUUUCGGUCCGAGUAACUUCCGCCUUACAUCACGCCUCUAUCUCUCGAGCCAUACAAUUACUUAGGUUAAAUAAAUUUGAUACUAGUUACAUGAUUAGGCGACCUGGCAAUGGUUCGCAAACGGGUGCUGAGAGAGUCAUGUUUUGGUCAAAUCAUCGUGUCAUGGAUUGGCUAAGAUCGAUAGACUUGUCAGAAUAUACGGCAAACUUGAGGGGUUCCGGAGUACACGGAGCUCUAAUGGUUCUUGAACCAAGAUUUACCUCUGAACAAUUAGCUUCCAUAUUAUCUAUUCCUCAAAGUAAAACCCUUAUUAGACGACAUUUGAAUACUCAUUUCAUUACAUUAGUCGGAAACGACGUUCAAAUGUCGAAAAGAGAGGCCGAAAAUCAGCCAGGUUACGUUGCCUUAUCCUCCUCCCAAAAAGUAAGAGUAAAGCCAAAGCUAGUCCAACUCUUCAGUCAUAAACGUUCCCGAUCGGAGCAGGAUCCAGAGGAAUUAGUCUGUCCAUUAAAUAAAGAUUUUACACCAACUUCAUCAAUAAGGAACGGAAGUUCAAAUGAAAUUGGUACUGUUUCAAAUGAUAUAAACGCCUUAACGAAUAUGCUCUCAAAAGAUAAAUUUUUGGAAGAUGUUUUGACUUCAAACGUCUAACCUCAUUAAUGCGAUAUAGAAACAAAAAUAAAAAAAAUAAAAGACAAGAAGCAUCCAUACUAAACGAUGAAGAUGCACCGAUGUCUCUGUACAUAUUAUAUAUUGCACGUAUGAGUUUAUGCGUAUAAACACAUACGAAAAGACUUUAAUCUUUCUUUGUUCGACGGUAUUGUUUUAAUUAUAUUUUGUUUUCUCUUUGUCAUUAUAAUAAUACCAUUUUAUUGAUUUUUUUUUGUCCCUCUUGUCUUCCCUACCUUUUUUUGUGUUACAUAACUAACUAACUCUUUCUCUCUCUCUCUCUCUCUACAAGUGCACAAUACGCUUUUUUUUGUUUCUUCUGUCUAUCUCGAAGGUUUGCAACGCAAUUUGUAAAUUUUUUAAGUCUUUCCCAACGAUUGCUGAGAUGAUUGAAAGGGAAAGAGAGAGAGAGAGAAGAGAGAGAAGAGAGAAGAAGGGGAGAAAAAAACGAAGGAAACGAAAGUUUGAAAAUGAGAAAGAAGACAAUUUCUUCAUAUGUUUCAUAAUUUGUUUCUUUUUUUCCUAUUUUAGCAUCUUUUUUUACGUAUAUCUAUACUUUUUACUCUGCUUUUUUUGCUCUUUUUUAUUAGUGAAAGGAAAUCUUGUUUAAUUGAGAGAUAAUGACUUUUUUUUCUUCUUCGAUUUUAGUCAUUCUUUUAAAUAAUUUUUUUUAAAAAAAAAAACAUGAAAUAUUAUAAACUAUAUUCUGGUUUUUGAUUUAUCUCUUGUUUUUAAAACAUCCAUAUUAACGGUUUUGUACAGAUAAAAUGUUUAUAUAUAUUAUCAAUAGUACCGCCUUCUUGUUCACCGUCGUUUUCAUCUUCUUUCUUAUUGGAUAAUUGAAAAGUUUUAAUUUUUAAUUCAUCGCAAUUUAUCUUGUCUCGAUCUUGACCUUGGGUUCUUUCAUAAAAGUUAUUAAAACUCGAUAACAUUGAAAUGAAACCUAUUGUUUGAAGCAAAUUUUGAGCUUCUUGUAUUGUUAGACUCUCGAAUGGAUAGUCAUCCUUGUCACUCUCAUCAUGUUCCGCUUCUUGUAUUAGCGGAACGACUGGGAAAGGUUUCUCUUGGGUGUUGUCAUCUAAUUUGUUGCCCAAUUCCCGUUCGAUUACAGAUAUAGUCCCGUCAAUCUUUAAUACUCUAUAUAAUUCCCUAAGCCAUCUUUUUGGAUGCUGCACUUUUCGUAGCAAAUUUAUAGCCCGGAUGUAGUGAAAUUUUUUAGUCCAGUUUAACGGAAGCUUGUCCACUUUGCAGUGUAGCAAUACGACAUUCGAUAAAUGCUUCUGUCUUUUCUUAGCUUUUUCGAUAGCCUCUUUAGACGAGUCGACGCCUAUAAACAUCGAUUCGGGAAAAUGUUUAGCGGCGCUAAAUAUAAAAGACCCCGAACCGCAACUGCUGUCUAGUACAGAAAUUCCCGCUCUUAAACGAUUGACAAGACCUGGAACAACUUCGUACGGUGAUUUGAUAUCGCUCCAGGGAUAAAUUUCUUCGAAACCUUUUAUAUAAUAGUAAUCAUCGGUUUCGCCAACUAGAGAUAAGGGGAAACCUCUUGGUCCAUCAAUUUUCAAUGAUUCGUUAAUACGAUCUAGAAUUUCCAUAAAAUUAGGAGAUUCCGGUAUAGAAAUUAAUAAACUAAUUAGAGACUUUUCUUCAUAUUUCCUUAGGCAAUACUUUUCAACACGGCUAUUUUCAAUUAUGUCAAUUACCUCGCAGCUUAUCAGCAUAUCUAACCACUCUCUUACAUAAGACUCAUCCAUAUCACAUUUUUUACUUAAUUCUAAACAAGUAAUUGGUCUCUCCCGAUUGUCUAAUGUCUGUAAGAGGUUGUUUUUAGCUCCUGAUGCUAAACAAAGUAAUAUUCGUGAAUUUUUAACAACUUUUAAGAUUUUUGAUUGUAAAUUCCAUACUUUUUCCAAAUCAUCCUCCGUCUCAACGUAAUUUGUCAUAUUGACAGCCCUUGGGUGUGUUAAUUUUAUGGGUACAAUUCAACUUCUCGUCGC